AUGGAGGCGUUGCUAGGCGCCUCCAACUCCAACCCUUCGUGCGGUUCCAUCCUCGAGCUUAAGGAGCAACUGCACAGCGUGUUCAGCACAAAGGUCACGGAAAAGAGAGCCGAACAUGUUUCAGUCACGCUGGAGUUGCGCUCAACCAGCGUGUUCCACAUCCCAGUCACCGAGCCCGAGAACGAACAACUCGAGCAGGCCGUGUCGAUCAAUCCGUCGUCGGGAGGAGCGCGAUCCAGCGUAGAGCCGGGUGCACCUGGGGGAGUAGACGCCAGCGGCAAUGUCAACGGAAACCAACCAACGCGGCAGAUCAACGCGAUCGAUGCGUUGAUCAACCAGCCCUCGGACGACCACGUCUUGCAGAAAUCGGUCGCGAAGCAUAUCAUCACAACACUGGGUGAAAUCGAUGGAAGUAGCUGGACGGUGCGACAGGUCUCGCGGGGCGAACAGGGGUGGACAUUUGGAUACAUCUGCAAGGAUUCAUGGCAAGCUUGGAGUCGCCAGAAUUCUAAGAACCCUGCCCGAGCCGUCAUCGGCGAAUGGAGUCAGAAACCAGAUACACAGGAUGCUGUUAACCUGAGUCGUCCGGCUUUUGACUGCAGAGGAUCGGUAACGAUUGCGUUCCUGAAGGGCCGCAAAGUCAUUGAAGUCAAAUACGACCACACACCUCUUCACAAAUCAGUAGGACAACUUAUAACACUCCUAGUGCCUCCCCCGACUCCUCGUGAACCCAAGCAUGUGCAGCAACGAAAAGAAAAGAAGUCCAAGGAGCCGAAGCCACCCAGGCCCCCUAAACAGCCAAAGGCUCCCAAAGCACCCAGACCCCCUAGGGAUCCCAAUGCACCGAAACCACCCCGGAGGAAGCGGCCCGCAGGCGAAGGUGGUGCCGAAGGAGAUGGUACUCAGCUCAAGAAGCGCUGCAAAAAGAAGGACGCGGCUGCUGUUGGUCCCGAUGGGAGUGUUCUUCCCCCAGAGAUGCCAGGUGCACUACCAGUCGGACAAGGGUCUGAACGACCUCUUUACAACAGCCAUGCAGGCGGCGAUACUCAAAAUGGCUACGGCACCUAUCCGGAAGGGCUCGUCGGUCAACCCCCGGCUGCGGCCGAUGAGGGCGUUCAUGUUCAUUCGAUUCUCAAUAUUCCUCCUGCCGAGGCAGCUAGGCGUCGCACGGUGGCCAUUGAUCUACUCGAGUCGGGCGGCAUUGACCCGAAGACCCUUUCCCCCGAACAGUUCAACAUCUUCGCCAACCAAUCCCCUGAACUCCAACAGGAGUCUUUGACUAUGCUCCAGAAGUACGGUGCCGAGCGACUCCGCAUCGUACACCCCGAAAAGGACCAGGGAGGUAAUGCUCAAGCUGCUCCUGCUGCCCAGGCAGCCGCAGCACCUUCGACACCGCCGCUUAGCGCCCCGAAGAAGAAGUCUAAGAAGAAGAAGUCGGAAGCGGCGGACACUCAGGAGGCCGCUGCCCACUCGGGUGGUAAGAAGAAGAAGAAGAAGAAGAAGAAGGAGAAGAUCACCAGAGGCAAAUGCGAUCCUUGCCGCGAUCGUAAAAUACCGUGCAACAAGGAGAAGCCAUCUUGCUCCCAAUGUACGACAUUGGGGUUGCAAUGCCAUUAUGCUCUCGAGAGGAAAGUGAAAGACGUCCUUGCAGAGUCAGAGGCAGAGGGAGAGGCCCAGCCCGAGCCUGUAGUCGUCGAGGCCGAGGAUGAGCCGGAAGGCUUAGGGUCGCCUGGUUUUCACAGUGAGCCAGUUCACCAUGAACCGGCUAGCCAUGAACCCUUUAACCAGGAACAAGACAAUCAUGACUCGAUUGAUAAUGGGCCGCAUGGACUGCCGACAUCAGGGCUAGUCUCGCCUCAACCGGAAUCAUCCACAGCAUAUCAUCAACCUUCCGAUCUCUAUUCACAUUUCAACUCGACGGUCGACACUUCAGCUACUCCCGAAGUAGCUCACACCAGCGUCACACCUGCAACGAUGGACUAUUUGCAUUCCUCGGUUAAUGACAACUCUUUACACAACUUCUCAUACAACCAACCUCAGCCUGAGCCCGGGCCGGCACCGGCACACGUAUCCGAGCCAGAGCCGAUUCCUGAGCCUGUACCAGUUGUUGAGCAACCUCCCCCCGUUCAGCGCACAUCCCAUUACGCUCAGCAGUCCAGCUCAAAACAGUCCGGCGGUAGAACAAGACGCAGUUUGCCUUCAGGGCCAUCAUUGCAGAGCGGCGCCGCGAACGGGCACACAACGCAUGCUCCGACAGAAAGCUGGACUCCUGUGCCGGUACCUGUUAUCCCGCCCCCCUACCAGAGCAAGCCCUCUCCUAGGGCUUCGAGGGCAAGGAAACCAGUACCAGCUGCGCCUCAGGCGUCGGUGCAAAACACGACGCAACAUAGAGCCCAGAAUACUGUACAACAACCGGUGUCGCAAGCGUUUGACGAUAUGCGGCAAACCACAAGCUGGACACCGGUCCCUCCGCCUACUAUCCCUGUCCAAAAGACAACUCAACAACAGGCGCGCACCUCGCCCUAUCAAGCAGCAGCCCAAACCGUUCGUACAUCGUCUCGGCAGGGCAACCGAAGCCAGAACCAUACACCGGUACAACAGCAGACCAGUGCGUCAGGACGGCAUAGCCAGCUGCAAACUUCCCAAUCCCAUACGGACAACUCUGGUUACCAGUCCAACACAGGCGCAACAGCCUCAGGUUCGGUUGGUAAUUACGAUAGCUACUCGCAAUAUCCUACGUCUACUAGCAGGACCGAAGCCACGAAUACUCGUAUGAACUAUGAACCCUAUACUAAUCCGCCAUCUACUACGUCCAACUCUUAUUCGUCCUACGACACUUACAAUACGCGGUCAAGCACCAAAACGCCAGUAGCAAGCUUGUCAGCAGCGCAGCCGACAGCUUCCUCAUACAACACCAACACUGCAACGGCGGCUCCAAGUACGUCACAGUGGGGUUCAACUACAUCUGUUCCGCAAACGCGAAGCACUACUCGCUCGACUUACGAUACGAACCCCUCUACAUCACCUUCAAACUCGUAUAACAUGCCCUCUUCGAACACCCAACAAUCCAGCUCCCUCCAGGGCUUCAACGUCAGGUCGCAAUCCAUGACCCAGACCAGGUCCUCCACCGCCGCCUACGCUCAGCAACAGCAACAACAUCACGUGCAACAAUCACAAGCCCAGCAGCAGCAGCGACAGCAGGUUCAACAGCAGCAGCCAAGCUACAACAGCUACACAAGCCAAUCACACACCACGAGCACGCAGCAGCAGCCACAACAGCCACAACACCAACAGCAGCAGCAGCAGCAGCAGCAGCAGCAGCAGCAACAGCAGCAGACGCAAAACUGGGGUUACGGCGGCUUCGGCUCGACCACCAACCCUUCAUCGGCCGGCUACGGCUCCACCGGAGCCAGCAGCAGCGCAAACAACGGAUACUCGACGGGAGUCUCGACGAGCUCGCACGCCCACAACGCGGCGGCCGCCGCCGCGACCAAUGCUGCGGCGUACGGUAGCCACCAGCAGCCUCAUCAUAGGUCGAUGAACCUGUCGAGUAAUACGUACAGCAGCCACAUUGGAAACGAGGACCAGGUGCUUUAUGAUUUGCUCAGGCACCCUGGUGCUUAG